CACCCAGAGGCUGUCAAUGUAGUUUUUCUUGUUUUACUGAAUAAUCACCGGAAGUAAGUUCUGUAAAAUACUACAUGUUACUUAAGGACAUGCCAAUAGCAGGUAGACACACAAGAGAAACACAGAGCACACAGUCACACAGUCUCUUGGUUGGAUGCACCCACUUAGGGUCUUGACUAAGGCAGACAGAAUGCGUUUUGCAGCAAUCUUUGCUCUUCUCACUGCUUGUGCUGCAGCUGACCUCCGGCCUCACUACUCGUACUCCCCACCGGUGGGGUCAGGAAGUGGGAGCUCCUAUUUGCUCAGUGGAGAGGGAAGGAUCACCGCUGUGAGAGUUUGGGAGUACUACUCAGGGUACAUCAGAGGUAUCCAGUUCCGGUAUGGCUACCUCUGGUCCCCUGUUGCUGGUUUUCGAUACAAUCAUGCCCAUGAAAUUGAGUUGUUCGACGGAGAAGCCAUUAUCCAGAUUUCUGGAAAGUAUUCCCACUAUUUGCAGUCUGUGGUGUUCACCACCAACAGGGGCCGCUCCCUGUAUGUGGGUCAGCCCUCUGGCGAUUCCUUCAACAUGUACCCCGAUCACCCUGAGGCCGAGCUGAUCUUCAUCAGCGGGCGGGUGCAUGGAGGCAUCACCUCCUUGGGAGCCCACUGGGCCAUUGUUGAUCCAUCAUUGAGCCCAACCAACAGCACUGGAGGAUAUUAAUGUGAAGAGCAGAGGACAGAUGCAGUGACAUGGGAUUUAAUGUGCACCUUAUUUACGACAUUGAUUUAACUAUAAAGAUGUAACAAAAUGUUUUGUCAUUUUCUUUUUCAUCAAUAAUGUACAAAUUAAUAACAAAUAGAUGAUUUGUCUACUUUUGUCUCUCUGAAAUUAAAGGCAGAAUAACCCAGUUUUGUUGUAAAGUAGAUCAAGAUAUUAACCAUGUUCAGAUUUAUAAAUGAAAUUGUUCUCAUUGGUUUUCGG